GGAGGGCAAGGGCAAGCCCAAGCCGGCCGGCAAGGGCAAGCCGGAGGGCAAGCCGGCCGCCAAGGGCAAGCCGGCAGCCGGGAAGGGCCGCGGUGAGCGGCGGGGGGGCGGCCUGCCCCCCGCCGUGCAGACCCGGGGCGGCGUGCUCCGCCGAUGCCGGCGGCGGGAUGGCGACGGGGCACACUUUGUUCAUCGGCUUGCAAUAUUGGUCGCAGAAGCCCCAUGGUGCCAGGUUUCAGCCUGCAGCGCAGCAGGACUCACCCAUCGAGGGGGUCCCCACGAUGUCUCAGGCAGGGGAGUGGGUCGAUUUGUAGAAGCGUUUCGGCAUGUGAUUGCAUCGCGCUUCAUUUUUUCCAUGAAGUCGUUCUGGCACGGCAUUAGGAUGGCCGUGCCGUGAGGGCUCCCAACAUUGUAUGUUUUCCUGUGGCGACCAACACCGCCAGCCGCGAGGGUUCAGUGCAGGCAGGUAAAGGCCGUGUUGCUUGCGCUGCUCGCCGGCCUCUCUCUGCUCUGCGCAGCAGGCGAGACCGCUCGGCUCUGGGCAUUUGGGCUCCUGCGGAGCAGCACGGGCGGCGAGGCAAA